AUGUCGGCUUCCGACCCUCGUCGACCGACCAACGACCAAGAGGAGGAAGAUGACCUUCUCGACGCUGAUGAGGCUGACGAGGAGAUAUUAGAAGAUCAGGAUGGGGACCAUCCAAUGGACGAUGAUGAUGACCUAGAAGAAGAGAUUCAAUUACAAAAUGACUCCUCCGCGCACUUCGAUUCUCAUAACGACUCUAUCUUCUGCAUUGCUCAGCAUCCUACAAAUUCAAAUCUUGUGAUAACGGGCGGUGGUGACGAUGUCGCAUAUAUUUUUGACGCUUCAAUACCCAAUGGCCCAGUACUUCCGAGCUCCUACGAGUCAAACCCGCAGCCACAAGGAGAACGACAGAGUAUUUCUCCGCUUCAAAAACUAGACGGACAUACCGACUCCGUCAACGCUGUCACUUUUUCGUUACCAAAGGGAGACUAUGCGGUCACCGCUGGUCUAGACGGCAAACUAAGAGCUUGGAAAUCCGCAGAUGCGGCCUUGAGUAAGUGGUCGUUCGUCGCUGAGGCUUCCGAGGUGCAAGAGAUCAACUGGGUGAUUCCCUCGCCCAACCCUGCUCAUCCAAAUACAAUCGCCCUGGGAGCCUCGGACGGCUCAGUCUGGGUCUACCAGAUCGAUGCCUCAGACAACGCGAGCCCCUUGACCAUCGUACAAGCCUUCUAUUUACACACUGCAUCGUGCACAGCAGGAGCGUGGACGCCUGACGGCAGUCUCCUGGCUACGGUAUCCGAAGACAGCAGCUUGUAUGUGUGGGACGUCUUUAACACCGGCAAUGCAGUCAUUACACACACGGCAGCCGACCAAAGAUUCGAAGUCGAAGGUGGUCUCUAUUCGGUCGCAUGCAACUCCACGCUCGUCGCCGUUGGCGGUGCAGGCGGCAACAUCAGAGUAAUCGGGCUCCCCGCGCCAGCGGCACCUAGCCAACAAUCCAAGAAAUCAAAACAAUCAUCCUCAUCCUCAUCCUCUUCCGCCGCCGCAGGCCAGAUCCUGGCUUCGCUGCAAGCUCAAUCCGAUGGCGUCGAGACCCUCUCCUUCUCUUCACCACCCCUCACACUCCUCGCGGCAGGCAGCGUCGAUGGCUCCAUCGCCCUCUUCGACACAGCUCACCGCUUCGCCGUGCGUCGCCACAUCAAAGAAGCACACGAAGACUAUGCCGUUGUCAAAGUCGACUUUGUGCGCAAUCCACAGAAGGGCGGCUGGGUCCUAAGCAGCGCGGGCAUGGACGGUGUCAUCCGCCGCUGGGACGUCCGUGGCGGCACGACAGCUGCGGGCCAAGGAUUCAUCAAGGAGUGGAAGGGCCAUAGAGGCGAGGGCGAGGGCGGUGGCAUUCUUGGAUUUGUUCAGGGUGGCGGUGGGAAUAGAAUUGUCACAGCCGGCGAUGAUGGCGUUUCGCUUGUGUUUAAAGCGGAUCUUGCAUAG